AGUGUUUGACCACGUGAUCAGCUGUUCAGCUGAUGCAGAUCUGUCAGUCUUCCAGUCUUCCUACCUCCAUCAUGAACAAACUGUACAAGACGCUGAUAGUUCUAGCUGUUCUCUCAGGCGCCGCUUUGGGAGCGCUACCACGAGAGAAAAAGCUUUCCUUCCUAAAGGAAUGUGAGGAAGAACACAAGACUGGACUUAAUAUUGAAGAGAUACUGGACAAAUGGCUUAUUCCAGAGUCCAAAGAAGGCCAAUGUCUGAUGGAAUGUUUCGUCCUGAAAAAGGGAUUGAUCAACAAGAAUGCUGAGAUUGACCACAAGACAGCGACGCCACACUUCAUCGAGAGUUUUCCAGGGGAUCAGACCAGUGUUGACAAGGCUGAACAAGCUUUGGCUGAGUGCGAUAAGUUGGAUCUGAGUAAGAAGGAUCACUGCGAGAGGGCUGUUGCAGUAUUGAAAUGUUUUAGGGAGAAUGCUAAAAAGAUUGGGUUGAAGCACUGAAGCCUGGAAGUUUAACAACGGAUGCUGGGAAUGGCACAAUGAUUUUUAAUAAAAUUGCACACCGUA